CGACGGUGACGGACGACUGCGACGACGACUUACCAGCCGACCGUCCGAAGUCAGUCAGCUAGCAGAAGCCCCCGAGAACGACGAUUUGUGUAUACCCGCGUUAGUUUCGGAAGUAAGCAAACGUUUUCGGAUUUUUUGAGCAACUCACGCGCGCGAUCGUCGCCCGAGAAUUCUAAACAAUAGGAGAGCGAAUCAAAGGAGCCCUUUGUUCUCCAAGCGCGCCUGCGAGUGAGUGAGAAUUUUUUGAGUCGAUUCGAAGAAUUUUGGGUGAGAGAAUCUCGAGCAAGUGGCUUAUGAAAAUUGAUUUCCGGAGAUCCGGUUCCGGUUGAGUGGGUGUGCGCAAUUAGUUGGCAAAGAAUUGUGCAAAGAGGAAAAUAAUAGCGCACCAGGUGAAGUUCUGUGUGCAAUUUGUGUAAGAGGGUGUGCGAUAGUGAGUGUGUGUACACUCGAAAGAAUCUUCAAGUGAGAGAGAAAGAGAGUUUUGUGAUAAAAACGAAACAAAAGAAUAUACCGGCAGAAAGAUAAUUAAUUAGUGUGUCCCCGGCAGGUUCCAGGCGGAGCGAAAGAGAGAGGGUCCAGAACAAAAAGAACAGAUAAAAGUUCUAGAAACAAACCUGAACAAUUUUGUCAGCCAGUUCUAAGUGUGCCUUCGGAAAAGCGAGUUCACCCCCCGAAAAAAACUGUCAGCGGGAGCGAAACUGGUCGCAUUCGUAUUUUUGUUUGUUGUUUUGUCUCCUCGUGUCCCUUGUUGUCCUCGGCUAAGGAAAAGUGUGCACGUGGUUUUUCCUCCUCCACAGCGAAGGAAAGUGCAAGUCCGUGACGUCACAAGAACGCGUAAUCGUGGGGAAAACACAGCCAAAGAAGUAAAGAGAAAGAGAGCGGUGGUUGAAACAAAAGAAACGUGAGAGAGAAAAGAGAGAAAGAGAUAAACGUGUGGCGUGACAACCGAUUUUUGUGCAAUUGUUACGUUUGAGAAAGGAAAACUGAAAGUUUUCCGUUAAGUUUAAAUCAAUAAAAAAGCGAUUAAAUCAAUCAAAUGAAAUAAAAGUGUGAUAAUCUGCGAAAUAGUUCAAAUAUUUCUGUAGUGUGAUUUCAAAUCAAAGUAGCCAGAGCUUCUACACUAGCGAAAGAAAAGGAGAAAGAAAACAAGUGUGUGUAGUUCAUCAAACUCUCUCUCGAGUUGCUCAAGAGGGAAAACAACUGCCAGCACAACAACAACAACAACUAGCGCGAGAUUCUUCUUUCGACACAGCUCCUCUUAAUAGACAAUCUUUGGAUUUCAUCUGAAAUAGGCGAAUAGUAUUGCUUCUGCGAUCGGCACAUAUAUGUGCAAUUUUUCAUAACUUUGGGUAAGAAUUGCUUGUGAUCUAUCUUGCGUGGUAGUGUGUUCCAUUUAUUUUUUGUUGCGCUGGGGGCUCGAUGAAAAAGAGGCUGCCCAAGGAAACGGAUAACCCGCUGUAAUUGAAUAGUGUUUUUCUUUCUUUGGGAUAUCCAGCAUGAAGACCGAGUACGGCACGAUGACGGAUGUAGCGGCCAUGAUGUCCUGCCCCCUUCCGUUACCAUUACCACUACUUCCACCAGCGUUGCACGCAGAUUUCCCUCCGGUCCACAUCGGAGUUAAGCGAGGACUCAGUUUUUUCGAGGUAAGCCUCUCACCUUGGAACCCACUUUCCCGCAACCCAUAUUCACGUGGAUUUUCGUCGGUAAUUAUAACCCUGGAUGCCUGGCCAUGGCCACACACAUCCGGGGGAACUGUAUUUUUAUUUUCUGUUCCGCCUGUUUGCUUGCUACCUUAUUCAGUCUAGUUCCCUCCAAAGAGUACCGAGAACCGCGUACCUACAUGCAAAAGUAUGUAGUAACAUACAACAGUCGAACGCCCGCAAACACCGACGUGGAGGUUUGCUCCGUAGUGCGCACGAGCCUCAUCAACAAUUCAUGAUCCUGCCUGACUGCCUGCUUUUGUCUGUGCGGGAUCCUGGCCCAGAAACUAAAAAAAAAAAAUGGUUGUGCAAAAAGAGCUCCCCACAAGUUACACGGGGACUUCUUGCAGACCAUUUUGCACUGCUCUCGCAAGGUGAACCGGUUAUCCACCUCCGUGUUCGGUAGGUAAUCUGUUUUUGUGCUCAACCGGAAUGGUCCGGCGGUCUGAUAGCAGCAGCAAGAACAGUCAUGCAACAUUGGCCAAGGUUUAGCCUAGGCAAGCAGAAAUUAUAAAAAUUUAUUAAAAUCAUAAUUUAUGCUUCCAUGUUUAUUUAUUCAUGGAGCAGAAAAGCAACAGGAAGAGCCGGGCAAAAAAAAGCGUCAGUAAAGCAGUUGAGGAGCUCGUGUUGAACGCCCCAGAACUCCGUGCGGGUUCAGCAGGGAACAAUAAUGUUCGGAUUCAGCGGUUAGCUUAAUGAUUGCCGUUCAGGGGCGUACAGGAUGAAAUGUUUCGCGCUCCUCUCUCCCUCACUUGUAGGUAAAUAUUUAAUUGAAUUAAUUACCGGUCGCGACCCCCAGAUCCUUCGGAGAGUUGAGCGCGGUUUGACGGCCGCAGACCGGAACUACGGGAAGAGCACCCACCGUUCAGGAGUAAGGGUUGAAAGCUGCUCGUUACGGAUCUGUUUCGAUUUUUUUCCGUUUUACAGUCGAGGCCAAACACUCCCGAUUUGGAUUGAGAGGAGUUCCUCUCAAGCAAAGAGGAAAUCGCUCUAGAGUUAUCAAUCCACGUGUCAAUCACAAACCCAAUCUUACGAUAUCUCAAUCAAUUUAUACAUACUGCUUGUCAUAUCGUGGCGUUCAACUGGGUUCAAUUGGGAGGAAAGCGCACCUGAUUUGGGAGCAAUUUACUCUUAUCUGAUAGUGACUUUUCAUGACCGGGGUUCAACCAAACUAUAUUCAGCUUGAGAGGAAAACGCUCUCGAUGAGCAAAUUCCUCUCAAAUUUGAUCGUGCUGCUUUUAAGUUGCCAUGUACUUUUUAAACAUUGCUCCAUUUGUAAAAUAAGACGAUUCAAGGUAACUGUUGCUUUCAGUCAACACUUCUCUGGAAAUCGAUAUUUACUUUCCAACAUGGUUCCAACUGCAGGGCCGGAAGCUGCCCGUGUGAUAACGAGCAUCCAACAGACGUCGUUGGCCCCCUUUACAGGGAGAAAGCAAGCACAAGUCUAUUGUUAUUUAGCAGUUAACCAUUAUGAAGUCCUUCGUAAUGCCCGGGCACCACCACGGUGAAGUGGUCUCCCCAACCAGCGAACGGAAGUGAAAUGAGCUCGGAAUAAAUCCGUGCGCCUGGCCGCCGGGUAAUGGGACAUCUAAUGGGACUACCAGCUACCGGUUAAGUACUCAAUUAUCGCGGGCGGAGUGCCAUUUCCCCCCGGUACCUCUUUUCUAGCUUUUACUUUUUAUUUGCUGCGAGAAAAGGCGAAUCUCGGGCGCAACAUUGUCUCUUUAAAUGUAGUGCGGGUGGCUUGAACUAGGGAGUCCCUUAGAAUGGCCAAGGUGGAAUGUCACAAAGUAGGAGCAGGUUGAAGGGAAAAUUUCAGAUGAUCAGGCUGGUGAAACUUGAUGAUUCAGGCUUUACGUGCUGGAAGAGCUUCAACUUGAGCUUGAUUAUUUAAAGCUGCUUAGGUUAUAAUAUUGUAAUAUAGAGCAAUUCCAGCUCAAAUCAGGAUUUUUCUGGUACUUUUGUACCUAGAGGGUGACGAGCGGGAAUUCCCGGGAAAUCGACCAUUUUUGGACUUCUCGAUUCCCGGGAAUUUCGGUCGAGACUCCUGGGAAAUUUCAAACUUAUAAACAUCGAAGCAAAAUUAUAUAACCUAAUCAGAAAAAAAACAUUUGAAAAACUCAAAAUUGUUUAGAACAUUGAAUGUUCAAUGUUUGAUGUUCAAGUUCGAAUAAACCAAUGCUUCUCUUACCUUCUUAUUCAGAAAGUGUAAAUUUUAAUUUGUCAAAAAUUCCAAUAACUUUUAUUGAGAGAAGCCAAAAAAAAGGGAGCCCAAAAUUUACCUUAAAAAUAUUAAGCGGUUGCACCCAGAAAUGAUAUCAAAUAUUUUAUUUUCAAAUAUAAUUUUUUAAAGUUUUUUCUAAGAGGGACAAGCUUUUUCAAGUUAACUUCGAUUUCCAUAUCAUCUCUCGAGAAUAUCAAUCCUCAUAAUCUAUUUUUUGUGAAUAUUUGGGUUUUCCUGAUAACUGAAAUAUUUCUUCAAUGAAUAUUUCGGUUACCCUUAAAAAUUACAAAAAAAAACAGUUUAAUUUGUUGUUUUGAGUCGCUGUUAUCAUAUUGCUGAAUUCCCGGUACUAGGAAAUGAAAUGUAAGCUGUAUAAGUUGUAUUAGUUAUUUUUUUUUUACAAAAAUCUAAUAACGAGUUUGUGCAAAUUUUGAAAAAUCAUUAGUUCGAAUUAAGAUUCGUAAAUAUUUUAAACUACAAUUUCGAGCCUUAAAAUGCUCAAGAAACGAUUUUUUAUUUGCAGAUUCAGAAAAAAAUCAAAAGGUUUUAUAAAGUUCCUCAAAAUAAUGAUGCUACUUAAAUUAACGUUUUAUAGAAUUAGUAUGAAUUAAUUGUAAUUGAAUUCAUUGAAAACAAACAAAUUUAUUACUUUUCAUUUUGAAUUUUUGGCACUAUUGGCAUAGUCAAAAAAAACUCCCGGGUCCCGGGAAUUCCCGGGAAAUGUCCAAACUCUACUCUCGAUUCCCGGGAAAUUGAAAUCUCGAGAAUCGUCACCCUCAAUUUGUACCCGACCCUCUCCGAUUUCAAUGAAACAUUGUAGACAUGUUAUCCUAGGCCUAUAUAAGACAUUUUUGUGUAUAUGAAGCCAAUAGUACUCGAAAAUAACAUUUGAGAAGGGCGUAAUGUAUUUAAAUAUUUUUGUAUUUUGCAAUUUAAAAAUUACGGUAUCUCGAAGC